AUGUCCGUUGUACUGGCAGUCACCCUCCAAACCGGUCACGGCCCGUCUAUCCACUGUGUGCUUAAGCUUUACGACCCUCGGGGGUUUCUUGACGAGGGCAACCACACCGACGGCCUUGCCAAGUACGAGGCGACGCUAUGGCAAGACUGCAUCGAGUACUUUGAGUGCGAGACCAAGGCCUAUAACCGCCUAGCGGACUGCCAGGGCAGGUUAGUUCCGCGUAUGCUUGCCCAUGUGAGCUUGUCGAGCUUAUCGACCACCCAGCUAGCUACCAUGCCGCCGGAAGCAGCACCCUAUUAUGAAGUCAAGGGUAUCUUCCUGGAACGCAUCGACGGAUUCUGCCUAGAAGACCUGAUGAUCGCUUCCCCCUUACCAAGGAACCUUAGGACAUGGCAACAGCUCAUCCAGACGGCCGCUGAUGCAGCGCACGAGAUCAACAGACGCGGCAUCAUCAUGGACGACUGUGCACCGCGCAACGUGGUCGUGGACAAGCAGUCGCAUACACCGCGCAUCGUCGACUUAGCACAGUGCCGCUUCUGA